AUGAGCCUCUAUCCCGACCGAGCUACAACGGUAAUCAUACCAGCCAAUGCGAGCCCUAUAAAUACAAAUCGCCUAUACCUGCGACCAAUGACUAUGGCCGAUGCCAGUGCCAUUUUUGAGAUCCGCCGACUACAAGACGUGGCGAACUGGCUCUGGCCUAGAGCGGUACACAAGGAUGUCUCAGAGUCUGAGGCCCUCAUUGCCAGAAAGACCUUCACUACGCCAGAUGCAUCAGGUGCUUCUGGACGUCAGUUUUUCUUCGUCAUCAUCCGCACCGAUGAUCCAUCCCAGCGAAUCAUUGGAGGGGCAGGGAUCAACUCUCUUGUUCCAGCUCCAUCGGUUGGGUAUAAUUUGCAUCCUGACUUCUGGGGCAAAGGCUAUGCCAGCGAGGCAGUUGCUGGAAUCGUAGAUGCGUGGUGGAAUCUCGAACGAGUGGACCAAAUGGCAUCGGCAUUAACGAAGGAGAAACUAUUCGCGGCAUGUAAUAAGGCGAAUAUUGGUAGUAUGAAGGUGCUACAGAAGACUGGGUUUUGUAUAUACCGUGAACAGCAGUUCGAGGAUGAUAUUGUUGCGCUCUUUGAGAUGGAAAUACCUGAUAGAUAA